AUGGCCUCCUCCCCAGACAAGGACCUCACGCACGAAACCGUCUACGACGAAGACUGGUGGGUGAAUAACUCCCGCGAGCACCCAGACAGCCCGAUCGUGCUCCCACCCCUCUCGCCACCGGCACACCCAACCUCUGGCGACUCAAACUCCUCCAACCACACAAACACAUCCAACAUCACCAUCCCCGCCACCGCAAUCCACACCCACGACACCACAGCCGCAGACAUCUCAGCCCUCCGACCGCCGGGAAACCCUCACGCGCCGCUACUCCUCCCGCCACCCGUGAAGCAGAAAAAUAAAGGACAAUGGGCUUACGUGGAGUAUAUCCCCGCCUGGACGGAUCCGCUCUGGCAAGACAAGGAUUCGCGGGUUCAGGAUAAAGAUAACCCGAGUCAUAUCCUUCGAAGGCGGGACUGGAUGAAGAGUGUUAGACCUGCGCAGCUUCCGCAGGAUAGGCCGCAGAAUCCGAGUGCGUUUGCCUUGCGGUACGGGGUGUAUCCUGAUAGACUUGACGGCAGGUCGAGGUUGACGCCUACGAGGGGCGCGUUUCGGAGUUUCAAGUAUGAUGGGGUUGUGGUUCCUAACAUGAACGCGGAGGUUGUUAUUGCGCAGGCGGAGAAUUAUGCUGCAACGGUUGGGUUGGCGGGUGUGGAUGGGUUGUUGGAGGUGUAUUCGGAUUUGAGGGGGGGCGGGGGCAACGAGAGGGAGAGCAUUCUGGUGAGGGCGUUAGAGGGGAUGAGGGAUGAUGAGGAUUGGCAGAUGAUGAUGUUUCAGGGGAUGACUACGCAUGAGUUAUUGGAGCAGGGGAUGAUGUCGAUGAAGAGUGGGAAUGACUGUGAUUUACAGAAUGAUCUUCAUCAAUAUCUCACGAGAGACAAGUGGGUUGAAAGUCUAUGGCGAGGAUCUGAUGCCAAACAUCCAAGGCUCAUCUAUCAAUCCGGCAACGUCAAAGGAGAAUGGGACCCCAAAACAAACGACUACCUCUGGGGAAAAAUGCAACCCGCCCUCCUCCUAGCCUCCCGCAUCCUAGACCACCUCGAAACAACCGACCCCUUCUGGCGCCGCCUCCACGACCCCCUCAACCGCCGCACCAUCGGCGAACCCCGCGACUAUCGCACCCCCGAGAUGCGCAAAAAGAAUCCCGCCGUCCAAUUCACCCUCCACGACUACGACGAUGCCGGGAAAAACGCCAUCGUGGACGAACAGACGCGGAAACAACUGUUCGACGUGAAAUUCGAGGUUCUCAAGCUCCUGAACCACAGUCUGCGGUUCAUGCUGUGUAGCGGACAAAAAGACGGAGGAGAUACCACGACUGCGGGCUCGACGUGUGUUUCGGGUGCGAAUAUCGAUAUAUAUAUUGCUGCGGAUGCGUUUUGGCCGCUUGUUGUACCUGGGUAUAGUGAGGACGAGAGGUUGUUGCAGAGUUUCUUUUUGGCUUCUACUAUUGUUCAUGAGAUUGCUCAUGCGGUCAACUAUGCGCACCAUCUGGUUCUCAAGCCGCCAGCCGGCAUCCGUAUCACGGCCUGGGUCGAUUCGCCGGACAAGGUGAAGAAGGCUAGAGAGAUUGGGGAGCAGAUGUUUCCCAAGAUUACGGAGAACAAUUGUGAGCCGUUUUUUGAGGAUGAGCCGCAGGCUGAGCUGGGGUUUUGUACUGAGAACAGGCUCUUUGGAGGCAUCCACUGGAAUCUCAUAUCCACCGAUAUGAGCCAACUCUUCUUCCUGCCUGCGGCCUUGGCAAUGGAAAGGUGGCCGAGGCCGAAAGGCGAAGACGGCCAUCUUACUCUCGAACAACUCCAGAAAAAUCCGGAAAACCUAACCUUAGACCACACGCCGAUGCUUCCAGACCAGUACCUCGUUCCUACCAGAAUCGCUCAUAUCGCCUGUCUCUUUACCGAGGCCUUCUGGGGCACCGAGGUGUCCAAGUACGGCCCUGCGUCGCUGCGCUUCGGCGGCUUGGACCCGGUCACGCUCCCCAUCAUCCGGCCACGCGUCCAGCUGGGCGCCGCGCUUAGAGGCGUGCUGGCGCCGAGGGGCGAUCGAGCUCUAGAGCUGCUCCCGAGAGAGAGCUCCGACGAGAUGGCUGACGCCGGCCCGAUGCUGGCGCAGUUUUUGAUGCAGGCCGCUACUGAGUUUCUGAGGCCGCAUGUGGCGCGGUACCGGUGGACAAGAGACCAUAAACACUUUUUGGGCUCGCGGUGCAAAGAGGCGUAUAAACUCGUGUUUCAGUUGGUGAUUAUCAUGAACGAGACCGGUACGGCGUUCGAUUUGCGGCGAAUUACAGAGGAAUUUGAGAAUGGGAGAAGAAACCAGACGAGUAUGGACGCGUGGAAGAAAUCUCAACGUCGACGGUGGGGAAAGUGCCUUGACAAGUGGUUAGAAGAAUCUCGAGAGAAACUGGGUGGCAGAUCAUGUUCUUUGCCAUACGACUCGGUCCACCCGCACAACGAGAACGAGUUCUGGAAGAGCAUCCACAGCCACGGGUGGAAAGCAGGGCAGCGGAUGGCGGAAGUGCUUCGGCGAAUAUAUGAAAUGAUCCUCUUCGAGAUCGGCUGCUUCCACCAAAUGUUUAUCGACAUUUACAACCUCGAUGAGGCAGAGCUGGAAGCGUUCGAGAGGGAACAAGCGGCCCAGGAUCUGCCCUUUCGCCGCCAAACCACACUAAAUUUGACCACAGAAGCAUUGUCGAAGACUACGGAAGUUGUGACAGAAUAUAGCAGGAACGGGUUCAUCCCCGUCGCGAAUCUUGCGGUUAUACACGACUUUAUGACGAAAUUCACCAAUAUGAGGGCGCAGCUUGAGGAACUGAAGCCGUGGACGAAUGAUAUUUCAAAGAUCAAGCCUGCCAACUUUAACCUUCUGCAGCCGUUCGUCCCGAGGCUCAAGACUGCACGGCGGCCGGCGACGUCCCGGAUGGUCAAGGUUGCGCAAAAGGAGCUUGGCAUGGUUCCAGUGGAGACGGUGGUGGUCAUUGAGAAGUUCUUGAGCUUUGUGAAGACGACGGUGAAAGCCGCAGGCGAUGUCAGGAUUGGAUUGGAAAGGGAUGGGGCGAUGGAUCUGGACGAGGUGAUCACCGAGUUUGAGAAGACCGAUAAGUUUGGCCAACCUCGCGUGGUGGAGGAUGUAACCGACGAGGAGGACUACGAAGACGGUCUCGACAACAAUGAUCCGCUUACUGAGAUUAUCAGGAAGAGGAAGCCCAAGGACCCCUGGAAUGGAGCGAAGCAUCCUCCCAAACGACCCAGGAUCGCGACACCGCAGCUUGUUCCCCAGCCUCUGGCACAUCCCACACCCUUUUCAAAGUACUCCCCGCCGAAGCACAGGUUCGGAAACACCACCAAGGCCAGCCGCUUCCACAGAGCCAGCUUAAUCAACGCCGUUCCAGACCCGAAGUCCAAGAUCCCAAAUGUAUUCGCCAACAUCCCAGAUGUAACUUUCCCUCUAUCACAAUCCCCUUCCGGGUUCACUGGGUACGGCCCGGGCCAGCAGCCGCCGCCGAAACUCCCUACUCAUGCUUCCGUAUUCGGCGGUAAGCCCGCCCAAAUCGCAGAGGGUCCCGAGCCGAUGGGCAUGUUUCCACACCCGUUCGCAUUGUCUGCGACCUUCACAGAGGAUCUCGAGCAUGAGGCCAGGGCCCGCCUUAUGCUCGCGCACCAGAGUCCCGCGAAUUCUGCGCUGGGAUUCAGGGAAAGGCAAGGGGCAACGGCGGCAAAUGCGUAUCGUGAUCCUGCACUAGCAAUGCCGGACUCGCCCGAAAAGGAU